AUGGCUGCUGAGAUCCCAACCUCCACCGGCCUCAUAUCUUCUUGGUUCGUGGAAGAUUUGGUUCUGGAUCGACCGGAUGCCAAAGCAAAGCAUGUCAUCCAAUGCAUCGGGUCCUCGUCGAUGCAAAAGGGUAAAGACUUUGCUGCCAAACAUUGCCCCAAGGCCACCCCGACCAUCUACGCUUCAUAUGAGCAGGUCUACUCUGAUCCGGAUGUGGAUUGCGUCUAUAUCGGAACUCCGCACUCCUUUCACAAAGGCAACUGUCUCGAUGCCAUUGCCGCAGGUAAAAACGUGCUGUGCGAGAAGUCGUUCACCAUCAACGCCCGUGAGGCGCGAGAGGUGCUCGAUGCCGCCAAAAAGAAAGGCGUCUAUGUCCAUGAGGCAAUGUGGCUCCGGCAUCGACCUCUCGUGGCAGAGUUAAGGAAGCUCCUCUUUGAAGAUCAGGUUAUUGGCGACGUCUUUCGCAUGUCCUCCGACUUCAGCCUGCUGGUCCAUAUCCCCAGCUUGCCAGACACCUCACGGUACAAAGACCUGAAGCUGGGUGCUGGGACGCUGUUGGAUACUGGCAUCUACCCUCUAACAUGGGCUUUCCUGGUACUUGACCCCAACACGCCCGACAACUCUGAGAGACCCACUAUCCGUGCGACGCAAAGCCAUCUGCAUGGAGUUGAGGUCACUUCAAGCGUUCUCGUGCAGUAUCCGUCCACGGCGAGACAGGGCAUCGUCAGUUCCACCACCAUGUCGGGAAGCCUGGGCGAUGUGGUCUGCCGGAUCCAAGGCACAGAAGGGUACAUCGACGUGCAUGGUGCAGCGCCAUCACACCCUUUGUCCUUUACCGUCUACCGACGGAAAGAUCACACCAAAAAUGCCUUUGAAAGCCAGCAAUACGACUACCCCCGCAUCGGCCGUGGGUUUUUCUACGAGGCGGACAAUACCGCCCUUGACAUCGCUGCAGGCCGGAAGGAGAGUGCGAUCAUGCCUUGGAAAGAGACUAUCCGCGUUAUGGAGAUCAUGGACGAGGUCAGAAAGCAAGGAGGAACACAAUACCCCCAGGAUGAAGUGUUGGGAGGGACGACGAGCACCGGGUCGUCGUCCUUGUGA